AUGGCUCCUAUGUCUGUUGCAGACAUCGUGGCGUCCCUGCCAUCUGGCGAUGAAUGGGGACCGCCUACGCCGUCUGAGAACACCCUCGAUGGCGUUCCCUACGCGCCUUUCUCCAAGGGCGACAAACUCGGUCGCAUGGCCGACUGGACUGCUGAAGGCAAAGAUCGAGAGCGCGGUGGCCGUCAGGCCUACAACCGUAAUUUCCGAGACCAACAAGUGUAUGGUGCCGGAGCCUCGAGCCUUUUCGCCGUUCAGGUCGCAGAGGAUGAAUCCUCCUUCUCCGUUGUCGACAACACUCGCACAUCAACUAAGACUCGGGGCUUUGGACGAGGUGGCGGUACCAUCUUCCGUGGCCGGGGUCAACGUGGCGCACUGCAGCGCGGUGGACGAGCCGGUUUCCAAAGAGUCGGUGCUGGUCGUGGUCAAGAUCGGACCUAUGAUCAGCGCAGUGGUCGCGGUGGCCGUGGACGUCGCUUCGGAUGGAAGGACUAUGACAAGCCACAGCGCAACCGGGACAGCUCAGUUAACAUCCGUCCGGACUGGUCUCUUCUCGAAGAAGUUGACUUCAACCGUUUGUCCAAGCUUCACUUGGAGUCGCCUGACGGAGAAGAUCUCGAGAAUUACGGCUUCCUCUACACCUAUGAUCGAUCGUAUGAUAAGGCCCCUGUCAAGGGCAGCGAACGCAGACUUCAAUCUGUCGACCGCGCUGCUUACAAUGUGACCACCUCCUCCGACCCAAUCAUUCAGGAUUUGUCUGAAAAGAAUGAGGCUACUGUUUUUGCCACAGCCGAUAUCUUGUCUAUGCUUAUGUGUGCCCCUCGCAGUGUUUACUCGUGGGACAUUGUCAUUGUGAAACAGGGUAACAAAAUCUACUUUGACAAGCGUGAAGGUGCUUCCAUUGACAUGGUCACCGUCAACGAGAACGCAGCGGAUGCUCCUCUCGAAGCGUCCGAGGCAGGUGGCAAGCAAGACUCCAUCAACACUCCUGGUGCUCUCGCAUUGGAAGCCACCGUGAUCAACCACAACUUCGCGCUGCAGACCGUCAUCGAGUCCGAGAAGGACAAGGUUGAAUUCCCCAACCCCAACCCAUUCUACAACGCCAGUGAAGAAACCGAGGCCCUUGCCUCAAAGGCCUACAAAUACCGCCGCUUCGACCUGUCUCUCGAGAAGGAUGAGGAACCCCUCAACCUCAUCGUCCGUACCGAAGUCGACGCCGUGUUGAAGAGCAACACCGGCUCCGACCAACACAUCGUCAUCAAAGCCCUGAACGAAUUCGACCACAAAGCCCAAGGUGCCGGUGGAGCCCUUGAUUGGCGCACCAAACUGUCUUCUCAGCGCGGUGCCGUCGUCGCGACCGAAAUGAAGAACAACAGCUGCAAACUCGCCCGCUGGACCACUCAAGCCAUUCUCGCCAAAGCCGACCACAUGAAGCUCGGCUUCGUGUCUCGCAGCAACCCCCGCUCCGCCUCCUCGCAUGUCAUUCUGGGAAUUGUGGGCUACAAACCCCGCGACUUUGCUACCCAGAUGAACUUGAACUUGGGCAACGGAUGGGGUAUUGUCCGCACCAUCGUCGAUUUGAUUCGCAAUUUAGACGAAGACGAAGAAGAGGAACAAAGUGAAGACAAGAUCAAGAAAUAUGUCCUCGUCAAGGACCCCAAUAAGCCUGUUGUGCGUCUGUAUAACGUCGCCCCGAACACCUUCGAGGAGGAUGAUACUAUUGGCGAGGAGCAGGAGGAGAAGGCUGAGGAGGAGGAAGAGGAGGAGUAA